AUCUUAAUAAUUUGGACUUUAAACGUACUUAUACGUUUGAAGAGUUCGAAUUAGUCAAUGAACAACUAAAGACACGCACCUUGAAGAUUGAUGGAAACCCAGUAGAUCUGUUUGAAUUCAAUAAAGGAAAACUCCUACCAAUGCCACAAAAUCCAAUAAACAAGGAAGCCAGUGGAUUUGAUUUCGACGUUUCUGUUCAACGAACAAUUCGUGCACCUGAUGUUGCAUUUAUUCCAAAGAAUAUUUACCAAGGUUACCAAGAAUUUGAGGAUUUAGAUCGAAAAUUCAGAGAAAUUUACUUUGCAACGAGUUCGUCAGUUGAUCUUG